AUGGCGGUCUAUAUUCGUCAGAGCCCUCCUCGAGAGGGAGUGAGAGGGGGACGAGAAGAUUUUAAGUGGGACUCUCUCACAACGAGUCAAGACUACGAUUACUACUUAGGAGCCAGCAUGAAGAUCGGCCUUUACUCUCGUGGGGGAAAGUUUGUGAAGCACGACUGGUGGACGAAGCAGCGGGGUGGAACGGCGCCGGACGACCUCGACGAAGAAACGCAGAGAGUGAAGAACUUUGAAAAUGAAUUAAUGGGAGAAGCCUUAGGACAGAAGCCGAAGAAUCUGCUCGUGGGCAACCCUUACGAGGACCGGCACGGUGGCGAGGACUCCCGAGGAGGAAGGCUGGCUGCUGGCGAAGUCGACGAAGAACGCGCCAAGCGAAAAAAACAGAAAAAAGAAAAGAAGUGCGUCCACAGAAGUCGGGAGUCAGAUGAGUGUGUGUGGCAGGAAGAGCGAGAAAGCAUGUGCCCGCCGGGACGGAAAGUGGAAGGGAAGGAACAGUCGAAAGCUCUCUCGCGUUCUCUCGCGCUCCUUUUCUAUACCGCGGAAGGAGAAGAAACGCCGCCGCGACAAGAAGCGAAUGAAAGGAAGCCGCAGACGGAGCACGUCUUCAUCUUCGUCCAGCUCGGCUAG